UUGUUGAAUUUGUACAUAUUUUGUUUUUGUUGUAAUUUCGUUCGAUAAGUUUAUGCCAAAAAGUAAAAAAACAAAACCCUAUUGUGUAUAUUGUGUAGUACUCAGAAAUGGCCAGCAAUCCAUUGAGCCGCAAGCCCAGCAAUGCCAUCCACACUCGGCUCUGCCACAAGUCGCCCAAAAUGGAAAUGCCCGUGCAGCUGACGCGCAACUAUGAGCGCACCAACAUGAGCGGCAAGGAGAGUCAUCGCGAGCGUGAGCGCGAGAAGAAGCUCAAGCUGCCCAGCAGUCAUAAGCAGAGCGGCAAACGCUUGGAGCUGAUGGAAAGUCUGCGCGCUCAGCCCAAGCUGAUGCCAAGUGAGCGGCAGCUGGCAAAUGCUGGCAAAUAUCUGGAGCAGGCACAGAGCUCCAAGCAGCAGGCGCGCAAACUCAAAGCGGAGCUGCUAAAGGAGAAGUCAGCAGUGGCCGUUGCCACAGCCACAACCGCUGCCGCUGCCACUGAGUCCAAGCCCAAGCCAAGCAAAGAGUACAAAGCGCUGGAGAAAGCGGAGCCAGCGCCGCGUCCUGUGCGUACCAAGCAGCAAAUAGCGCACACCAAACUCUUCUUUGAUAAGUAUCUAAAGUUUGCCUACGAUCUGAGCACACCCGAGGGCGUGCGCAAGCUUGAGGCGCAUUUCUUCCCAGGCGAGCAGCUCAAGAGCCAGCGCCGCAGCAAGGACGCGGCGGCGGCCACAGAUAAACAAGCGGAUGUUGUUGAGCAGUAUUUACAGCAGACUUUGAAAUAGAUGCACGCUCUAUAUAUAACUUUUGGCGUGUGUGUUUAUCAAAAUUUAAUGGUUUUUAGCUAUUGAAAAAUUUCUAUUUUGCAAAUUAAACGCCAUGUGCUAAUUAUUUUAGCAGCGGACAUACGAA